CCAUUUUUAAAAAAACUUCUCUAUUUGUGUGUUCUAAACAAUAAGAUUCCUUGUUCCCACACACGCAAAUUUAAUUUCGUGUGUGUUAUCCCUAAAAAAUAGAUUUUUAUUAAGUUAUUUUUUAAUUUUUUUUUUUUUAAUUAUUGUGUAUAUUUUUAUAAACUGUGAAAAUGAGUUGUCCAAUGAAACACAUAGAACCAGGUCAAGAAGGUGAUCAAUUGAAUGCUGAAGCUGGAAUGCUUUAUAGUGAAUACCUUAUGUUAGAUCGAGUUUUAAGUGCACAACGAAUGUUAUCCUUAGAAAAUGAGCGACCCGUUCACGAUGAACAUCUGUUUAUUAUAACACAUCAAGCAUAUGAAUUAUGGUUUAAACAAAUUAUUUAUGAGUUGGAUUCAAUACGAAAUUUAUUUAAUGUUCAAUCAUUAGACGAAAAUCAAACAUUAGAAAUAUUGAAACGCUUAAAUAGAAUUGUUCUUAUUUUAAAGUUAUUAGUAGAUCAAGUAAUGAUAUUAGAAACAAUGACACCUCUUGAUUUUAUGGAAUUUCGUGGCUACUUAUGUCCAGCAUCAGGUUUCCAAAGUUUACAAUUUCGUCUAUUAGAAAAUAAACUUGGCGUUAAACAAGAACAUCGUGUUAAAUACAAUCAACGAUAUUCAAAAGUAUUUGGUAAUGAUGAAAAUGCCAUGAACGCAAUUGAACAAUCAGAAAAGGAACCACCUUUAUCACAUUUAGUACAACAAUGGUUAGAACGAACGCCUGGUCUAGAACUAGAUGGUUUUAAUUUUUGGGGAAAAUAUCAGGAUGCUGUGAAAAAUUUAAUUGAUGAACAACGUGAAGCUGCCAUGAUGGAAAGUUCGGAAGUAUUGAGAAAUUAUCGUUUAGCAGAUUUAGAAAAACGUGAAGAAGUUUACGAAAGUAUAUUCAAUCCUGACGUACACGAGGCGUUAGUCGCGCGUGGUGAGCGUAGAUUUUCUCAUAAAGCAUUUCAAGGUGCUAUAAUGAUAACAUUCUAUCGAGAUGAACCACGAUUUUCACAGCCUCAUCAAUUAUUAACCUUAUUGAUGGACAUUGAUUCAUUAAUCACAAAAUGGCGAUAUAAUCAUCUGAUAAUGGUCCAACGUAUGAUUGGUUCAUCCCAGUUAGGUACAGGUGGAUCAUCUGGCUACCAAUACUUACGAUCCACGUUAAGUGAUCGAUACAAAGUAUUUUUGGAUUUAUUUAAUUUAUCUACAUUCUUAAUUCCAAGAUCGUUGAUACCACCAUUAACAUCAGCCAUGAAAAGUCGAUUGAAUCUGUCGUGGGGUAUGAUGAAUAAUAAUCAUCAUGAAUCGGAAGAUAAUUCAUCAAGAGCAUCAUCUCGGGCUGACCCAGAACUUGAAAGUUCCAUGGAGAAAUCAAUCAAAACAACAUUAUGGCGUCUAUGAUGUCAACAAGUGCUAUUUCCCUUUCUUUCUAUAUAUACAUUUAAAUCAUUGAUUUCUCACGAUGUUUUGGCUCGAUACCGAAGAUCUUUUGAAGCAAUAAAAAUUUUUAGGGCAAAG